AUAUUUUUUAUUUUUGAAAACUCACUAGAAAUGAAUAACAUUCGACAAAUCAAGAAACUUUCGAGAUUGGGGGCCAGAUUUGUAAGUGGAGUCAAAAGGAAAUAUCCACUUGAUCCAGCCCAUGCAGAUGAACUGCCAGUAUUCCAAUAUGGGCCCAGCAAAAAGGAUUACAAAAGAGUUUUUUCUUGGGGGAAUGUCCAAACUGGCGCUCUUGGAUUAAUGGGUUUAAUUGAUAAAGACCGGCCAAUGUUGCACAGCCCUAAAAGACUAGGAUUUGCGGAGAAGUUUCUGGUAGAGACAGCAGCAGCUGGAUUUGGGUUUACGGCAUUAUCAGUCAACAGUAAAACAGAUGUGAAAUUAUAUGGAACAGGCCUUAACACCGAUUCGCAAAUAGGGUAUCAUGCAAUCAGAACUGGGCAUCCUCUAGGCAUUCUUUAUUAUCUGCAGCCAAUCUCCUUGCCUUUCAGAGACCCAGAAAAUUCCAAAAUACUUAAAUUAGCUGCAGGCAGAGCUCAUCUUUUGGUGCUGACAUCUGAAGGACUGUUCCUCUUGGGUAACAACGCAUAUGGACAGUGUGGAAGAAAAAUUGUCCCAAACGAAGAUUACUCCAGAAGUAAUUUAGUCCAUCACUUGAGUACUAUGUAUGGAAAGAGGAUAGUGGACGUCGCAUGUGGACAAGAUCACAGUACUGUUUUAGCUGAAGACGGAUCAGUGUAUUCAUGUGGAUGGGGAGCUGAUGGCCAGACUGGUCUUGGCCAUUACAACAACACUGAGGAAUUCACACUGGUUAAAGGAGAUAUUUAUCAAGAAAGGAUAACUAAAUUGGCAUGCAGAUCAGAUUUUGUCUUAGCUUUAAAUGAUAAAGGUGAAACCUUUGGGUGGGGCAACACUGAAUAUUCACAAAUACCCUUACCAAGUGGCGAUCAACAAUUAUCAAUUCCCACAAGUAUAGACAUGGUAAAUAAACUAGGACCAAUUAAGAGUAUUGCCAGUAGCGGCUCUUUUUGUUUAGCUGUGACGGAAAAUGGGGCCGUAUAUUCUUGGGGCUAUGGACUCCUGGGAUUGGGACCAGACCCGCAGCUGUCCAAAAAACCCCUACAAAUUCCUCCCACUCUAUUUGGUCAAAAUAGUUUUCAACCGAACAAUAUUGUAGUUAAAGUGACUUGUGGUCUGAGUUACGCUGCUGCAAUCACCACUUUAGGUGAUCUCUUUGUUUGGGGAAGAAAUACUAAUGGAUGCCUGGGACUUCGACAUGAGAAGAAUCAGUAUUUUCCUCUUAAGGUGGCAUUGGGAGGAUGUGCUGAGGACGUUUUUUGUGGUGUUGAUCACACUGUUGCGUUAUGUAAACCGUUUAUUUAAUGCAAUUCUUGGUAUCUUCAUGUUUUUAAUAUAGUAUCGUUUAUUA